CAAUCUGUCUGACAUUUCUCUUCUUGGUUACUGUCGUUCACCUUUGCUCUAGUUUCUUCUUCUAGAAUGUCUUGAUCGGUUUUUCCACGAAGCUCACUUCUUCUUCUUCUUCUGUCUACUAUAGCGUCGAUGGGGGGUUUCUUUGCUUUUAUUUUGCUUUUCGCGGCCCAAGAUUUUUUUCUCCUUUUUGGAUGCGGCUGGCUUUUGAGAUUGGGGGAGGAGGAGGGGGUUUUUCUUUUGUCAUUUUGGUUGGGGGAUACGAAUAUCGAGAUUCAGGCGUUACAUUUUUAUUUCAUUUUUCCGGAAGAAAUUCGAAUUUUGAGACAGUUGGUUGUUUUACAUGUACUUACUUAUGCUCGGGAUGUUUUGGGGAGGGUCUCUGUUUUGUUUUGCUUUUCUGGCUCAGACACAAGUGUUGCUCUACCUAUCCGUACUCUACUCGCUCUCUCUCUCUUUCUCUCUCCUCCGUUGCUUACCUAUUUCCUCGUUGGCUGGCCUGCUGUAAUAUGAUACCAGUGGUUUCGUCACUCGUCCGCUCCGCUAUCAUAUGAUUCAUUGAUUCCAGUGGUUUCGUCACUCGUCGUUGAUUUUUAAUUCGCACGCUAGGUAUCACAGUCAUAGCUGUAGGCAUAAUUCCUCAAGUUAUCAUGGCGAUCAACCUGCCCAUAUGCCAUGCCAUUCCAUGCUAUCAUAUGUAGCAUAGGUAGAGUAGGUACAUAGUAGAUAAGUCCUCUGCCGAUUACGCU